GAAUGAUAUAAUCUCUCUCUGGAGCCCCAAAAAGGCUGAACUUGCAUUUAGAGAAUGUGGCCCAUGCAUUUUAAGACUGUGGAAGUGGUGUCAGGCUAUGUCAUAUAGUUAAUCUCAAAACCCUAGUGUUGUCCAACCUCUAGUAAACAUGUAUGUGUGGCUCACUCUCCUCGCGGGCUUGGCUCUUCUCCCCGCGCUGCUGAAAACUUUCUCCACAUACUUUUUCCAGGACUGCGUGUAUAUGUACAGGGCUCUUAGAUUUGGGAUCCGAUUAAAUGUAUACAAGAGGAAAACUCCAUUCUAUAGUAUUGUGGACUGCUUUUUGGAGGCGGUGAAGAAACACCCGCGAAAAGCGUUUAUUCAUUUCGAGGGGAAGACUUACUCUUACGAGGAGGUGGAUAAGGAGAGUAACAAAGUAGCGAAUGCGCUGCGCUCGGAGGCUGGGCUCAGAGAAGGGGACUCGGUCGCGCUGUUCCUGGGCAACGAACCCCGCUUCGUGUGGACCUGGCUCGGCCUGGCUAAGCUCGGCUGUCCCGCAGCACUCCUGAACUUCAACAUCAGAUCCAAAUCACUCCUUCACUGCUUCUCCUGCUGCGGCGCGAAAGUGCUCAUAGCAGCUGCUGUGCUUCGUGACGCUGUUGAGGAGAUAUUGCCGGCACUGAAAGAAAAGGGGAUAACUGUAUACCUCCUGUCGGAUGAGCGCACUACAGACGGCAUUCAGUGUAUCGGUCAAGCCAUCGCCAAAGCUUCAGAUACGCCUCUGUCCCCGUCUCUCAGGUCCAACAUCCAUAUCAGGACUACAGCACUGUAUAUCUACACUUCCGGCACUACAGGUCUUCCUAAAGCAGCAUAUGUGACCCAUGAGAGGGUCUGGGCUUCAUCGUUCAUCCAGGGUGUUUGUGGAGUGACGUCUGAAGACAUAUUCUACAUCAAUCUGCCUCUGUAUCACAGCGCUGGAUUCCUCAUCGGAGUUGUCGGAUCCAUUGAAAGAGGUAACACUGUGGUUCUGCGGAGGAAGUUUUCCGCCUCUCAGUUCUGGGACGACUGCAGAAAGUACAACAUAACUGUGAUGCAGUACAUUGGUGAAACACUGCGCUACCUCUGCAAUAUGCCAAAGAAAGACGAUGACCGAGACCACAAAGUGAGAGUUGCCAUUGGAAAUGGUGUACGAGCAGAUGUCUGGCAAGAAUUCUUGAACCGUUUCGGACGCAUUCAUGUCCGAGAGCUCUAUGCCGCCACCGAGGGAAAUGUCGGCUUCAUCAAUUACACUGAUAAAGUCGGAGUGGUCGGUCGUAUCAAUAUUCUCAGCAAGGUGUUUUUCCCCUAUUCCAUCAUUAAGUUUGACAUUGAGAAAGAAGAGCCCGUGAGGAACACCGAGGGUCUGUGUAUCCCAGUUGGAAAAGAUGAGGUGGGCCUUCUGGUCGGGAAAAUCACAAAACACACCCCUUUUGUCGGCUAUGCUGGGAACAAGCAGCAGAACGAGAAGAAGAGACUCAGCGAUGUGUUUGUGAAAGGAGACCUGUAUUUCAACAGUGGAGAUCUGCUGAGGAUCGACAAAGACAAAUUUGUCUACUUUCAUGAUCGAGUUGGAGACACGUUCAGGUGGAAAGGAGAGAAUGUGGCUACAACUGAGGUAGCAGAUAUUCUCACGAUGGUGGACUGCAUCGAGGAGGCCAAUGUGUAUGGAGUCAAAGUUGAAGGUCAUGAAGGAAGGAUUGGAAUGGCAGCUGUAAAGCUGAAAGAGGGCAGAGAGUUUGACUGCAUCAACACUUGCAGUGUUUUGGCGAACUAUCUUCCAGUGUACGCCAGACCUCGAUUCAUCCGAAUUCAGAAUUCCUUGGAAGUCACAGGAACUUUCAAGAUGAAGAAAGUGAAGCUGGUGGAGGAGGGCUUUGACCCGACCUUAAUACGAGAUCCUCUCUACUUCCUGGACCUGACGCAAAAGAAAUACAUUCCACUCUCUCACGAAAUUCACAAGUCGAUCCUGUCGCAGGAAAUUAAACUGUAAAAAUCCAUAGAAUAAGCUAACGGUACAACUUUGAAAUCUACUAACCAGUAGUUACCCACUAAUCUCAGGGAAAACAAGUGAUUACGGUGAAUGAUUUUAACCUUUUGAGCAGUACAAUCAACUGUUUUACAUUAGUACUUUAUGACUUAACCUUUUAAUAAUGUUCAUUUAUAACCAUCUCAACCUGCAGUUAAAUAGACUCUAAUAAGAUUGUGGUACACUAAAUUUACUUUAUAUAAUAGUAUAUAUAUACUACAACUUUAACUCUCAAAGCAGCGAUUCUCAACUGGCUCAUGGUUCGUAGAGAUAAAUGGCAAAUACAAAUAAUAAACUGUUUAUGUAGCAAAAUAGGCACAAAAGGCUUCCCAUACAGUAUAUUUUGCUAAAUUCAAAGGCCGUGUCCAAUCAAACGCUAUGGUAUUUUGUAGCUCAAAUUUAAUUUAAAAUGUACAUUUAUUUGAUUUGAAUAACAUUUUUUUUCUUUAGUACAAUAAUUGUGGUUCUGAUUCACCACUUGCCACAAACCAGUUGAGAGUCACUGCUUUAUGAUUCAUCUUGCUGACACAAUGGCUUUUAAGAAAUCCGGUCGCUGGUUUUCUCAAUGCUCUUGUGUCCGCUGGUCAAGAGACUCUAAUCAGCGGCAGUAUGUUUAAGUAGGUGAAAGGGCAAAAUUCAUGACCUCCCAUCCCAUCAACCUCUGAGCUCAAAAAAUAAACAUUUCUACAAAACACAAA